AUGUGGUACAGUCUUGCCCAUCGAGGGCGUGUGGUUAUGAAGAAAGGUUCAUUAGAGUGGGUGUUUGACAUCUCACAAGACACACACGGACGAACACCGCUUCACAUUGCCGCCGCCAAGGGAGACCUUCAGUCGGUCAUGUCCAUAUUACAGACGAAGUAUAGUGACCCGAGCUCGAGUACACAGGGCCAGGAUAUGAUGGUAGAUGCAUCUAGUAGUCGGAAGGAGUACGCUAUGGGGAGAGCUAAGAGCUUCGAGACGGGGCUGAUGGAUAUCAAUGUCAAUGCCAGAGAUCGCAUGGGCAAUACGCCGCUGCACAUGGCGGCGUGCACAGCUAACAUGGGGGUUAUGACCGAGUUGGUGAA